UGGGGUUUGUUCCCUCUUGAGGUGAAGGUGCUGUUGGCCACGCCGCUGUACUUGACAGCUGGUAAAGACAGAAAUGUCGUGCUGCAGGAUGCGGAAUCUGUGGUCAGUGUGUUGGGGCGUGUGUUCCUGGUGCGGUGCCCUGGCAAUGACUGCCCCCGUGUGAAUGCUGGCAGUAAGGAAAAGGUGGUCCACCGCGAUGCGUGUGCUAACACCUCCGUCUCGUCGCGGGUGUACUUGUCCGACCUCCGUGUGCUGUCUGCAGAAGCUGGCGUGUACGCUGUGUGUGUCGAUGGUGAUGGUGAUGGAGAGCACAUUGCUCCUGCUGCGCUGCCGGUGACGGUGCUGGAGAAACCCUUUGCCUUCAAG